AUAAGCAAUUUAUUGCUAAUUUGAUAAAAGAAGUAAUUGAUGAGGUGGGUCAUCAAAAAGUGGUACAAGUCAUUACUGAUAAUGCUUCAAAUUGUAAAGGUGCUGGAGAAAUCAUUGAGGGAGUGUUUCCACAUAUUUAUUGGACUCCUUGUGUUGUGCACACUUUUAAUCUUGCUUUGAAGAAUAUAUUUGCAGCAAAAAAUUUGGAAACUAAUUAAGAAACUUAUGAUGUGUGUCACUGGAUCACUGAAAUCCAUGGGGAUGCUUUGCAAAUCAAGAAUUUUAUAAUGAAUCAUUCCAUGAGGCUUGCAAUUUAUAAUCGGUUUAGCCCUUUGAAAUUGCUUUCAGUUGCUGACACUCGUUUUGCUUCUAUUGUUGUGAUGCUUAAAAGAUUUAAACUUAUUAGGUGUGCUUUAGAAGCAAUGGUUAUGAGUGAUCAAUGGGCACAAUACCGAGAAGAUGACCAAGGCAAAGCUAGAUUUGUUCGUAAUAAAGUGGUAGAUGAGGAUUGGUGGUAAAAGGUUGAUUACAUCAUUGCUUUUACUGGGCCCAUUUAUGACAUGAUCAGAGUUUGUGACACAGACAAACCAUGCCUUCAUUUGGUUUAUGAGUUGUGGGAUUCUAUGAUUGAAAAGGUGAAGCAAGUUAUUUUUGAUCAUGAAGGAAAGCAAGCAGAUGGGUUUUCUCCUUUUUAUUAUGUGGUUCAUCGAAUUCUUGUUGAUUAUUGGGCAAAGAGCAACACUCCCCUUCAUUGUUUAGCCCAUUCAUUAAAUCCAAGAUUUUAUAAUGAAAAAUUGCUUCAAGAGGGAGAAGGUAGAGUGCCUCCUCAUAUGGAUGGAGAAGUAUCAACUGAGAGAAUUAAAUGCUUUAGGAGGAUUUUUUCUAAUGAAGAUGAGCGAAUUAGAGCAAAUGAUGAAUUUGCAAAUUUUUCUUUGAAAAGUGGACCUUUUGCUGAUCCUGAUUCUAUUAGAAGUAUGUAUGUUACAGAUCCUAGGAAAUGGUGGGCAUGUUUUGGUUCUAAUGCACAUUUACUUCAAAGGUUGGCUUUUAAAGUGCUUGGACAACCUACUUCCUCCUCUUGUUGUGAAAGAAAUUGGAGUAUUUAUUCCUUCAUUCAUUCAUGCAGAAGGAAUAAAUUAACUCCAAAACGGACUUGUAUGGAAGAUGUGGGAGUUCUUGAAUUUGCCAACCUUUCAUUGGAUGAACCAGAGUUAGAGUCUGUUUUGUUUGAUGAAAAUGCAACUACAAGCAUGGAAAAGGAGAAUGAGAAAGACAGUGAAGUUGAGGAAAUGUUAUAA